CCUUCCCCUUUCUCUUCUCAAUUCGUCAUGCCCGCUUUGUUCAAAUUUUUGUAAAAUAAAACCCUAUCUUUUCGUCUCCCUCCUUUCUCUUCAUACUUUACGUUAAAACAUCAUACGUUCGAAACCCAUUUUCCUUUCAGAUCCACUUGCCUGUAGAUUACUCUUUGACGUCUUCUUUUUCUACUUCAUUUCCUUCCAAGAUAGCUCACCAUCCAACUUCUUUUGCAACGUUUUUUGCUUUUGUAGCGAUGCUUUUAUUAACUGUUUCUAGGGUUUGAAUCUUUUCUCCAUGGUAGGAACCUUGAAGAUAGCUGAUCGUUAUUCCCUAGAUCUCCUCAACUUCUUCCAUAAACAGUACAAGGAACUUUGUUUUGAUAUUGGGUCUGUGGAAGGAGCUGAAGAAGACAAGAUUCGCAUCCUGUUCGAUCGAUUUCUUCUUUCGACCGAAAAGAUCUGCGCAACAGAUUUCUUCAGGCUUAGACCACCGAUGAUGGAGACCGACGAAGCAAUUGACGUGUUGAAACUUUACAUGGCAGUGAGAGAGAAAGGAGGGUUCGAUGAAGUUACGAGAAAGGAAUUAUGGGAUUCAGUUGCUGAAGCGAGUGGGUUAGGUUCUCAUGGUGGCUCUACUUUGAAGUUUAUUUAUACAAAGUAUUUGGAUAAGCUUGAUACGUGGUUGCAGAAAAUUGGUAAGGAAGUAAAAAGUGUUUUGGAUGCUAGAGAUAGGGACACUACACCUUCUAGUUUGAUGGAUGCAGAUGUAGAAUGUGAAGAACUUAAACCAUUGAAUUCAAACAAGAAAGAUGUAGUAGAACACUCAGAGGCAUCCGGGUUGAACUCAGGAAAUGUUCUAAACGUAAACGAUGGAAGUGAUGUGCUAACGGAUGAAUGUGCUGAAAAUGUAGAUAGUUUUGUUGCUGAAAAUGUAGAUACAUGUGAUAAUAUUUCCGAGAGGAGGAAGAUAGAUCUGGAGAAUGAGAUUAGAAUGCUGCACUGGGUGACUCAGGUUGCGAAGGAUCCUUGUGAUCCACAGAUUGAAAAUUUGCCCGACUGUUUCAAGUGGAAGAACAUUGGCAAUGAUCAGAAAUGGAAGCAGAUCUUGCUGGCUCGAGAGGCAAUGUUGAUAAAAAGACCCACUCAUAUGGGUGAUGAACAAUCGUCUACAAAUUGGUUGAAGCAGAAGAUGCAUCCUUAUAUGUACGAAGAUUUUGGGCAAAAUGACGGUUUGAGAUGCAGUCCGAGGAUCCUUUCUGCAAAAAUAGCCUCCCAAGAACAUAAAUCGUCCAGAUUGUCCCAAUCAGCACUAAAUUCGUCUUCACGUGAUUUAGAUAACCAACUCGACAAAGAAUCUGAUUCUGGGUCUGGAGGAAGAAGAAGAAGAACAUCUCCAGAGGUUGCUUUAUUUAACGACAAUAAAAAGAGAAAGCGAGUCUCUGUAGGAACGAUUUCCCAAGCAGUAAUACCCGAGUGGAAGGGUGGGAGGGAAACUUAUGAAAGCGACCCAAAAUGGAUAAGUGGGCAGGUCUGGCCUCUGAAGAACAAUGAGCAGAACAAAUAUCUAAUUGAAAGGGAACGAAUUGGUAAAGGAAGACAGGACUCAUGCGGCUGCCAACAUCCUGGUUCGAUCGACUGCGUCAGAUUCCACAUCAGCGAGAAGAAGUCCCGUGUGAAGCUUGAACUGUGCUCGGCCUUCGAUCAGUGGCAAUUUGACAAGAUGGGCGAAAACGUUGCUUUGUCGUGGAGGAAGGAGGAUGAGAAGAAAUUUGCUUCGGUUAUCAAAGCAAACACUCCAUCACUGGAGAAAUCGUUCUGGACAGAAAUAUUCAAGGCUUUUCCUAAGAAAAGCAGGGAAGAAUUGGUAAGUUACUAUUUCAAUGUGUUUAUUCUGCAGCGUAGGAGCCAACAGAACAGGUUGCCUUCGUCCGAAAUUGAUAGCGAUGAUGAUGAAUCAGAAGGACCUUAUAAUUGCUUUGGGAAAAGGACAGCCAGUUCUCCAGGUUCUAUAUUCUCUUCUCCGAAGAAACCUAACUUGAACAACAACUCGAGAUAGCUUAGAAGAUGGAUAUUUUUGUGAUUUUGUUAGCUGCUACAUUCCCCGAUAUUUUGCUGAAUUUUGGUAAAAAUACAUUUUAAUCUCUCGAUUCUCAACGAAGGUGGUGGUUGAUAUGAAGCUGGUUAGGGGGGGAGUAAGUAAGUAUAAUCUAUUUUCUUGUGACCCUCAUCAAUUUUUUACAUUCCUUCAAAUAUUUCAUUGUUUUCUUGUACUGGAUUUGUUUAGUUCUUGGAUGUUGGAACAGUCAGUCAGUCAGUCUCCCCUAAGAAAUGGGACAGAUAAAAAAAAGGGAAGAAAAUACUCUAGUUCUUACUUUUUUUUGGAUUACUUUUAAUGCACCGGGAUUACUUUAAUGUU